AUGUCUACUCUCCGCUCUCAGCCAUUGCAGCCGUUAAAUGGUGGCCAACUUAAUGCCCGCACGAACAACAACAACAACAACAACAACAACAACAACAUCACACCUAUAAAGUCUGUCAGGAUAUCAAAGGAAAAUCUACCGCAAUUAGAUCAAGAUGAAAAUCAAAACCAAAAACAAAAGGUUCAACCUCAAACUCAAAAGAAAAAGAAAGAAAAGCUUUCUGCAUUGUGCAAGACUCCACCUUCGAUUGUUAGAACAAGAAAUGGCCGUGACUAUCGCCGUGGAAAUUUCCUUGGUGAAGGUGGGUUUGCGCGCUGUUUCCAAAUGAAGGAUGCUGCCGGCCAGAUAUACGCUGCCAAGACAGUUGCUAAAGCAUCGAUCAAGAAUGAAAAGACCAAGACCAAGCUCUUGUCUGAGAUCAAAAUCCACAAAUCUUUGAAACAUCCGAAUAUUGUCAAUUUUGUUGAUUGUUUUGAAGAUGACAUCAAUGUCUACAUUCUUUUAGAGAUCUGUCCAAACCAGUCGCUUAUGGAAUUGUUGAAGAAUAGAAAAAGAGUAACUGAACCCGAAGUGAGGUUUUUCAUGGUUCAGGUCGUUGGUGCUAUCAAAUACUUGCAUUCAAGAAGAGUUAUUCACAGAGACCUCAAGUUGGGAAACAUAUUUUUUGAUCCCGAGAUGAACUUGAAAAUUGGCGAUUUUGGACUUGCGUCCGUGCUUCCCUCGAAUGAUUCUAAAAAAUACACCAUUUGCGGUACUCCAAAUUAUAUUGCUCCAGAAGUGUUGGGUGGCAAAAACACUGGUCAUAGCUUUGAAGUGGACAUUUGGGCUAUUGGAAUUAUGAUGUAUGCGUUGUUGGUUGGUAAGCCACCUUUCCAGGCUAAGGAUGUUAAUGUCAUUUAUGAAAGGAUUAAAAAAACCGAGUACUAUUUCCCCGAAGAUAAACCUAUCUCGGAUUCUGCAAAGCAAUUAAUCAAAGAUUUAUUGAGCUUAAACCCAUUAAAUAGACCCACAAUUGAUGAAGUGCUCAGUUAUGAUUGGUUUAAAGGCCCUUUUCCAGACAGAACAAGAGAAAUUAGUUUGAUGGAGGCCCCCGAGGGAAUCGAUUGUAUUUCUAGAGCACAAUCUUCAAUCAACUUCAAAGCUGCGAAAGAUAUGGCAGGUAUUUAUACUCCCAAGAGCAAAAACCCAGUUGAGAUUCUUAAAUCCGAUUUGCACUCUGAGCAACCCCGUGCAUUACUUCCACAAUCUCUUUCACCGAACGAUACAAGAAACAAAUACCAGGAGGUGGAUCUUGAUCAACUUGGCAGGCCAAGAAAAGUCAAUUUCAACUCUCAUUUCUCUACUACUAUCAAGCGUUUGAACCAAGUGUGCUUCGAGACCUAUCAAAACAUGAGAAGAUUAGAGUAUUCGAGGCACGAAGAGUUUGAAUUGCCACUAUGUGAAACUCCUACUUUGAUUAGUAAAUGGGUUGAUUAUUCAAACAAGUAUGGAUUUUCGUAUCAGCUAACAAACGACGAUAUUGGAGUCUUGUUUAACGACGAAAACACGUUGUUGAAGCUAUACAAUUCCGACAAAUUCUUAGAAUUGAUUUAUCAUGACGAAGAAGGAUGGACAUGUAUCGAAAACUCAUUAAGUCACCCUCCGGCCCAAGCAAAGAGACAAUUGGAGAUUGUUGAUUUCUUUGCCAAAUACAUGAAUAGUAAUCUUUCCAAAGUGAGUGAGAAUGAAGAGAGGAAAGAGAUUGUUUUCCUUAGACGUUAUACAAGAACUCCUGAGUAUAUCAUGUUUGAGAUGACAAAUGGCAAUUUCCAGUUUAAUUUCAAGGAUCAUCAUAAAAUCUGCAUUUCCAAGUCUGGUUUGGCUAUUACUCAUAUUUCUCCAGACCGGCUAACACAAACUCAUCCGUUGCAACAUGUUAUGGAGCUAGAGAAUUUUCCAACAGAACAAGUUCCUGACUGUUUACAAAAAAUUGCUAUAAUCAAGGAAGCGAUCAAGAGAAGAGCAUUUAAAGAGAUAUAA